AUGUCAAACCCACUAAUGUCCCUCGCCGAAAAGACGGCUUACAAGAGAAAUCUUGUAAAGAUAAGAUUAGCCAGGUUUGGUCGAAAACAUCAACCUAUUUUCAACAUUGUUGUCAUGAAAGCUAAAAAAGCACAACAGAAAUUACCAAUGGAAGUUAUAGGCACAUACAAUCCUGUUCCUACGCCACAGCCAUCAUUCGACAACAGCGCUCCAAUUAAGGAUAUAAGCUUAGAUUUUCAUAGGGCUAAGUAUUGGUUAGGUAUGGGUGCUGAACCAACUCCAAAAGUUGCAUGGUUGUUUAAAAAAGCUGGUAUUUUGCCUAACUUCUGGCCCAAAACUAGUAAAUUGUCACAAGAGAUUAAUGCUCCUGUUGUGGAAGAUGUUAAAGAGACUCAGGAACUGCCCGUCGAUGUGGUGAGAAGAAGGGGUGACAAGAAGUUUUAG